ACCGUAGGCGUGCGCACUCUACAAGUUAAACACGCAUGCGUGUAUACAAGUGACACGCACUCGGGUCGUGCGCGGUCGCUCAACGCUGUUCCAGGUUGCCACAACUGUCAAGCGGGCGACAUGAUACCUCUCAGACGUCUGUUGUCUCCCAGGAGUCUUACCUCCUUAUAUCAACGUUUCUGUGCGAGGACACAAGCGUCACUAACUUGUUUACACAACGAACCGUCGCUGCCAUCACAACUUGGCGCCCCAAACUGCAGGUCGUUUCUCUACACACCAACAUGCCGGAAGUCAACCAAUGUGAAAGUGAAAGAGGUAGAAAUCUCAUUAGAAGAGGCACUUCCCUUGUCUCAAGACUCAAUGAAGUUGAUUUGGAACGACGGGUCGGAUCAUAUAUUCAACUACCUUUGGUUGCGAGAUAACUGCAAGUGUUCUCUCUGUGUUGAUCGUAAGUCGAAGCAGAAGCUUCUAGACACACCGGCUAUUCCGCUGAAUCUCAUGCCAGAGGUGUUUGAAAUCAAUCAGGAGGACAACAGUUUGAAUGUGACAUGGCCUGCUAGUCAACAAUCUGGUGAAAGACAUUUCAGCCAGUAUGAUAGUAACUGGUUACAUCGACAUGGAUGCAGAGUCUCCGAUCAGUACUUUCAUCCACACAAGCACACUGACGUUUCUUCGCCCAUUCAUCUGUGGAAUAGAGAUAUUAUAGAAAAGCACUUGCCGACAAUUGAAUACAGAGACGUCAUGGGAUCUGAUGAAGGUCUCUUCAGGUGGCUGUCAGGACUCUAUGGAUAUGGAGUGGCAUUGAUAAAGAAUGCUCCUGUUGAGGAGGAGACCGUCCUGUCCGUCGGGCAGCGUAUAUCGUAUGUAAAAGAAACGAACUAUGGAGUUCUCUUCGAUGUUGUCGCACUCCCGCAGAACGCUGAACACUUGGCGUAUACCGGGGAUGGACUACCUCACCACACCGAUCUCAACUACAAAGAGAAGUCGCCGGGAGUUCAGAUUCUUCACUGCCUCCAUUCAAGUGGAGCUGAACCCGAAGAGGGAUUAUCGCUCUUUGUUGACGGCUUCUAUGUUGCCGAAUCACUAAGAAAACAAAACUAUGCAGCUUUCCAAGUUCUCAGCUCCGUCCCAGUCGAGUUCAAAGUUGCUUAUAAAGAGAAUACCUACAAACAUCACGUUCAAAUCAUCUGUCUUGACAACAGUGGGCAUAUGGAAGAAAUCCACAUUAACAACCGAACGAUGGGACCUCUGCAUGCACCAUUACACCUUGUCAAGUUAUUCUACUCUGCCUAUAAAUCGUUGACCAAUAAGAUCCGAGAGGAGUCGUCUGAGUUGAAGUUUCAGUUGCAGCAAGGAGACGUCGUUGCUUUCAACAAUCGUAGGGUGUUGCAUGGGAGAACGGGAUACAACCCAAGGACAGUGCACAGGCAUUUACAAGGCUGUUACAUUGAAUACGACGAAUUCUUGUCGAAACUCCAGAGCCUGGAAAAUCGGUCAUUGAGUAUUCAUUCAACUACUGGUGUUAGCAAUAGUGAUAGUAUAUUGUAUCCAUAAAUGUACCUGUACAUGUUUUAAUAAAGUUGUUAUAAA